AUGGCCAGUGAUGUCGAAACACUGGUGCCGUCAGUCCUAAGUUUGACGUUGAGCCAUCUGGUCGUUGCGGAAGCCACUUGUACAUCUAAGACCACACGCGCACAUACGCACACAGGAAUAAAGGCGUCUGUUACGGAUGGCUUUUCAAAUAAAGCGUCCACAAGAAAGGAACGCAAGGAAAGCAAGGUCGAUUCAUCCGACACUGGCCGUCGUCGCAGGAGGCACAGGUUCCGGCGUAGGACAGUUGACGAAUUUCUCUCCUCUCCCGGGGAGAGCAUCAACACAGAAGUUGAGGCCGGGUGGAUCGAAGCGGAUGACACCGAAGCUAAGGAAAGCUCUACCGACCCCAACUUGACAAUUACGCAGGGCUUUCCUGUCCCUAAGACAAGUUUCAGUAUUGAGCACCCAGACAAAUCACAAUCUAAAGAAUUAGAGGAAAUUUGCGAGGACGAAAAGCGUCACACCGAUCAACUGAUGGAGUUAGUAAAGGCGAGUCCCGUCAUAAUGAGCAGCUUGAGUAAAAGCAUGUCUACUGAUUUCCUUGAACGUACCAAGGCAGUAAAUGCGGCACAAAUCCAGCUCGUUUCGGCUCUCGAAGAGGCCUGUUCUCAGCGGAAUCCAGGCAUAUCUAAGAUAGUCGACAGACUGUGCGAAAGGCAAUCACAGCUCAUCACGUAUGCCAAUCUCACGCCAAACAUUUUAUCCGUUUUGAAGUCCAAGAAGGAGCAACCCAAGUCUGCUCCACGUUUAAAGAAAACAAUUCCUAUCACUUCCCCUGAAAUGGUAAAGCUGAUCACAGCCGAGGAGGAAUUAUUUGGUACUGCCAACAACUUAAAUGAAUUCUCUUCGAAGCUUGCCGUUCAGAAAGAGCCGAUAAAAACCUCCUUGGUGGUCGAAAUGAAGCCAACCGGCCCUGGCGAACGCAAGUUAAGGACACUGUUCCUGUUUGAUGAUCUUCUUGUGAGCGCCCACCAGAGGGCCAUCGUGUUCCACAAGCACUUUUCCCAGGAGGAUGGGGAGAAAUCUGUAGACUGCUCAGAACUCCUGUUCGACAGUGAAACAAUGUCCACUCUCUCGGAGAAGUCCGAUCCCGUUUCUCUGCAAAUGCGAACGCGAAGCAUCAGCCGCUAUGAGGUGAAGUGGUUCCUUCCUUUAGAUCAGCUGGACAAUUUGCGAACAGACGGACAAGGUAAUGUUUGA